AUGUAUACUUUUAUAUACUAUUGGGAUACUUUCUUAUACUCAAAUUUUUACGAUAAUUCUCCUGCAGAUUGUGUCAAUUCGCUUGGAGUAUACUCUUGCCAGUGUAAGACAGGCUAUACGGGUAAUGGAGCAACUUGCAUAGAUAUCAAUGAAUGCUCAGUAGGUAAUCAUACCUGCUCUAGUGAUGCUAAUUGCUACAAUAACAAUGGUUCAUAUUCUUGUACAUGCAAGAUGGGCUAUACUGGUAAUGGAUCUACAUGUCAAGAUAUUAACGAAUGUUCAAUAAGUAGUUAUUGCAAUAAUAACGCUAAUUGCAUAAAUACUGAUGGUUCAUAUACAUGUCAAUGUAAACAAGGUUAUACAGGUAAUGGAACAAUAUGUACUGAUAACAAUGAAUGCUCAUCGGGCAGUCAUGCUUGUUCUAUUAACGCCGAUUGUAUUAAUAAUCACGGAUCAUAUCGAUGUACAUGCAAGACAGGAUAUAGCGGAAACGGAUUUACAUGUAUUGAUAUUAAUGAAUGUUUAUCGAUCAAACAAUGUAGUAAUAACGCUAACUGUAUAAAUACUAACGGCUCAUACACAUGUCAUUGUAUGCAAGGAUACACAGGCGAUGGAAUUACAUGUACAGAUAAUAACGAAUGCUCAUCAGAAACUCAUUCAUGUUCCGUUAAUGCGGAUUGCUAUAACAAUAAUGGGUCUUAUACUUGUAUAUGUCGUAUUGGUUAUUCUGGAAACGGAUUUACAUGCAAAGACGUCAACGAAUGCUCCGCAACAAAUCAAUGCGAUUCUAACGCUAAUUGUAAUAAUACAGCCGGAUCUUAUACGUGCCAAUGUAAUAACGGAUAUUGUAAGACAGGCUAUACGGGUAAUGGAACAACUUGCAUAGAUAUCAAUGAAUGCUCAGUAGGUAAUCAUACCUGCUCUAGUGAUGCUAAUUGCUACAAUAACAACGGUUCAUAUUCUUGUACAUGCAAGAUGGGCUAUACUGGUAAUGGAUCUACAUGUCAAGAUAUUAACGAAUGUUCAAUAAGUAGUUAUUGCAAUAGUAACGCUAAUUGCAUAAAUACUGAUGGUUCAUAUACAUGUCAAUGUAAACAAGGUUAUACAGGUAAUGGAACAAUAUGUACUGAUAACAAUGAAUGCUCAUCGGGCAGUCAUGUUUGUUCUAUUAACGCCGAUUGUAUUAAUAAUCACGGAUCAUAUCGAUGUACAUGCAAGACAGGAUAUAGCGGAAACGGAUUUACAUGUAUUGAUAUUAAUGAAUGUUUAUCGAUCAAACAAUGUAGUAAUAAUGCUAACUGUAUAAAUACUAAAGGCUCAUACACGUGUCAUUGUACGCAAGGAUACACAGGCGAUGGAAUUACAUGUACAGAUAAUAACGAAUGCACAUCAGAAACUCAUUCAUGUUUCGUUAAUGCCGAUUGCUAUAACAAUAAUGGGUCUUAUACUUGUAUAUGUCAUAUUGGUUAUUCUGGAAACGGAUUUACAUGCCAAGACGUCAACGAAUGCUCUACAAUAAAUCAAUGCGAUCCUAACGCUAAUUGUAAUAAUACAGCCGGAUCUUAUACGUGCCAAUGUAAUAACGGAUAUGUAGGCGAUGGUAGAACGUGUAACGAUGUCGAUGAAUGUCUAUCAGAAGUACAUCGAUGUUCAAUCCACGCUUAUUGUAAUAACACGAUCGGAUCUUAUACUUGUCAAUGCAACAUAGGAUUUUCGGGUAACGGAAUAUCUUGCAACGAUAUUAACGAGUGUACAUCAGAAACUUACAGCUGUUCUAUCUACGCAAACUGUAAUAACACUGUUAGAUCGUAUAUGUGUACUUGUAAUAACGGUUACAAAGGUAACGGCAUCGCUUGUCAAGAUAUCGAUGAAUGUAUUACUAAUAACCUUAACAUGUGUAGUAAUAACUCGAACUGCGUUAAUACGAACGGAUCGUACGACUGUCUAUGUAAUACUGGAUUCUCUGGAAACGGAUUAAUAUCUUGUACAGAUAUAGACGAAUGUUCAUAUAAUCUAGAUAACUGUCACACUAACGCUCAAUGUAUUAAUUCAGUCGGAUCUUAUACGUGCCAAUGUAAUAACGGAUAUGUAGGCGAUGGUAGAACGUGUAACGAUGUCGAUGAAUGUCUAUCAGAAGUACAUCGAUAUUCAAUCCACGCUUAUUGUAAUAACACGAUCGGAUCUUAUACUUGUCAAUGCAACAUAGGAUUUUCGGGUAACGGAAUAUCUUGCAACGAUAUUAACGAGUGUACAUCAGAAACUUACAACUGUUAUAUCUACGCAAACUGUAAUAACACUAUUGGAUCGUAUAUGUGUACUUGUAAUAAC